CCAAUUUACACUGCAAAUAAAAAAGUAACUGUUUUCUUACUUUUGGAUUUUUUAGGUGUUUAACAUUAGCGGAAUCGAGAUGUUUCCUCCAUCUCGACCUAACGCCGCUAAUCAGCAGCCGAGCAAGUCAACAGGGGAGGAUUGGUCUCAACACCCGUCAGCUAAGCCGCCCGCUAAUGCUGUUAGCGCUGUGAAUAAUCAGCGGCUGAGCAAGUCGUCAGGAGGGGCGUGGUCCCAAAACCUGUCGGCUAAGCCGUCCGUGAAUAAUCAACAGCCGAGCAAGUCGUCAGGAGGGGCGUGGUCCCAAAACCCGUUGUCUAAGCCGUCCUCUAACGCCGUGAAUAAUCAGCAGCCGAGCAAGUCGUCAGGAGGGGCGUGGUCCCAAUACCCGUCGGCUAAGCUGUCCGCUAAUGCCGUUAGCGCCGUGAAUAAUCAGCAGCCGAGCAAGUCGUCAGGAGGGGCGUGGUCCCAAAACCUGUCGGCUAAGCCAUCCGCUAACGCCGUUAGCGCCAUGAAUAAUCAGCAGCCGAGCAAGUCGUCAGGAGGGGCGUGGUCCCAAAACCUGUCGGCUAAGCCGUCCGCUAACGCCGUUAGCGCCGUGAAUAAUCAGCAGCCGAGCAAGUCGUCAGGAGGGGCGUGGUCCCAAAACCCGUCGGCUAAGCCGUCCGCCAACGCCGCUAACGUCACUAGACAACAGUCACCGAGUGCCACCACGUCACGUGACCGUGAAGACAUCAAGCCAUGUGUCAAACAAGGCAUUAACAUGACAAAAUGUCACCACCUAGUUGCUCACAAUAUUAUGAGUUCAAACUUAAGUCAGAUUUGAAUUUCUGAGAACUUGUAAAGUCAAAUUUGAACUUCUGAAAAGAUGUAGAUGAUUUUGAAAAAAAAAAUUGGUCAAUUUGAAGCAAGUUGAAAACAGACCUUUUUGACCUUUUUUGACCUUGAGAAGGUCAUUAAAGGUCAAAUGUCAAAUCUAAAGUCAGAUUUGAAUUUCUGAGAACAUGUAGAUGAUUUUGAAAAAAAAAAUUAGUCAAUUUGAAGCAAGUUGAAAAAAGACCUUUUUGACCUUUUUUGACCUUGAGAAGGUCAUUGAAGGUCAAAUGUCAAAUCUAAAGUCAAAUCUAAAGUCAUAUUUGAAUUUUUGAGAACAUGUAGAUGAUUUUGAAAAAAAAUUUAGUCAAUUUGAAGCAAGAUGAAAAAAUACCUUUUUGACCUUUUUUGACAUUGAGAAGGUCAUUGAAGGUCAAAUGUCAAAUCUAAAGUCAGAUUUGAAUUUCUGAGAACAUGUAGAUGAUUUAAAAAAAAAAUUUAGUCAAUUUGAAGCAAGUUGAAAAAAGAUCUUUUUGACCUUUUUU